UUUUUUUUUUGCCUUUCCUUUUUCCCUCCCUCUCUCCGGAGGAGCCUCCACAGCCCUGAUUUGCUGCGGAGCGGCGGAGCGAGGCUCGCCCUAGGCAGAGCCGGGCUGCUGCUGACGCGUGGCCGCCGCCGGGAGCAGCUCCGGUGCCACCGCCACCGGUGCCACCACCCCCGGCACCGCCACCAAGAAUAACCAACCAUGACUACAGAGUCGGGAUCAGAUUCUGAGUCCAAGGAUAAAGAGCAGGACCAGCAAGAAACCCCUGCACAGCCAGGGGCAGCGGAGGUCCAGCCGCAGGACCAACAGCAGCAGCAGCUGAGCGAAGAGCACCAAAACGCACUAGAGCAGUUCUCAGCUGUGGCAGCGCACAGCACACCGGUGAAAAAGGAACAGGCCACAGACAAAGAACAAGAGUUUGCAGCUGCAAGCGCAAAACAGCUGGAAUACCAGCAGUUAGAGGACGACAAGCUCUCUCAAAAGUCAUCCUCUAGCAAACUUUCCAAGUCUCCUCUAAAGAUUGUCAAGAAACCUAAAAAUAUGCAGUGCAAAGUGACACUCCUGGAUGGAUCUGAAUAUGCAUGUGAAGUAGAGAAACGUUCCAGAGGUCAAGUGCUAUUUGACAAAGUGUGUGAGCAUCUGAAUCUUUUGGAAAAAGACUACUUCGGGCUAACAUACAGAGACACAGAAAACCAAAAGAAUUGGUUGGACCCUGCCAAGGAAAUCAAAAAGCAGAUCCGAAGUGGUGCUUGGCAGUUUGCAUUUAAUGUGAAAUUCUACCCUCCAGACCCUGCCCAGCUAUCUGAAGAUAUUACCAGGUACUACCUCUGCUUGCAGCUGAGAGAUGACAUCGUGUCCGGCCGGCUGCCCUGCUCCUUCGUCACGCUCGCCCUGCUGGGCUCCUACACCGUGCAGUCCGAGCUUGGCGACUACGACCCUGACGAGUAUGGCAGCGACUACGUCAGCGAAUUCCGCUUUGCGCCGAAUCACACUAAGGAGCUGGAAGAUAAGGUGAUCGAGCUGCACAAGAGCCACAGGGGAAUGACACCUGCAGAGGCUGAGAUGCAUUUUCUGGAGAAUGCCAAGAAGUUAUCAAUGUAUGGAGUAGAUCUCCAUCAUGCUAAGGAUUCUGAAGGAGUGGAAAUCAUGUUAGGAGUUUGUGCAAGCGGCCUCUUAAUAUAUCGAGACCGACUCAGAAUAAAUAGAUUUGCCUGGCCAAAGGUUCUGAAAAUCUCCUACAAGAGGAACAACUUCUACAUCAAAAUCCGACCAGGGGAGUUUGAGCAGUUCGAAAGCACUAUUGGGUUUAAGUUACCAAAUCAUCGUGCCGCAAAGCGCUUAUGGAAAGUGUGUGUUGAGCACCAUACAUUUUUCAGGCUCCUGCUACCCGAAGCACCUCCAAAGAAGUUCCUGACACUGGGCUCCAAGUUUCGCUACAGCGGCAGGACGCAGGCUCAGACGAGAAGAGCCAGCGCGCUCAUAGACCGGCCCGCGCCUUACUUCGAGCGGUCUUCUAGUAAACGUUAUACUAUGUCCCGCAGCUUAGAUGGGGCAUCAGUGAAUGAAAACCAUGAAAUAUACAUGAAGGAUUCUGUGUCUGCUGCAGAGGUUGGUACUGGCCAGUACACCACAACAAAGGGCAUCUCUCAGACCAACUUGAUAACCACUGUGACGCCAGAGAAAAAGGCAGAAGAAGAAAAAGAUGAUGAAGAGGGCAAAAAGAAAAGAGCAGAGGAAGUCACCCCAGUCUCGGCAAUACGCCAUGACACAAAGCCACCUUUGCUUGGCACUGACUCACGCCACUCCUCGCCAUCCUCGCAGCCUGGCCCCCAUGCAUCUUCAGCAAAGCUUCGCAGGAGAUGCAAGGAGAGUGCUCGAAAAAAGUCAUUAGGUUGUGAGUCGCCUAAAGAGGGUGCUCCAAAGCACGGGGAGUCAGAGACGGACUCCGACAGAAAAGGCAGAGUUUGCUCCGCUGAGCAAGACGUGGGUUUCGGCUAUAAGCAAAAAGCCAGCAAAGGCGGGACUUUGUUUUCCUUCUCCUUGCAACUUCCCGAGUCAUUCCCUUCUCUCCUGGAUGACGACGGCUACCUGUCGCUCCCUAACCUCUCCGAAACCAACCUCCUGCCUGCCAGCGUGCAGCAUUACCUUCCCAUCCGCUCCCCCUCCCUCGUGCCUUGCUUCCUCUUCAUUUUUUUCUUUCUGCUCUCUGCCUCUUUCUCAGUGCCAUAUGCCCUCACUCUCUCCUUUCCUCUGGCUAUGUGCCUCUGCUACCUGGAGCCCAAGGCGGCCUCCUUGAGUGCCUCACUUGCCAAUGACCUGAGUGACAGUUCAGAGGAAGAGACUGACAGUGAACAGACGGAUACUGCAGCUGAUGGUGAGACCACUGCCACCGAGUCGGAUCAAGAGGAAGACGGAGAUCUAAAGGCACAGAAUAGUCUGAUUAAGCGAAUACAGGGUGAAAAUGUGUAUGUCAAACAUAGUAAUCUUAUGUUAGAGGACCUAGACAAAACCCAAGAAGAUCUGAUGAAACAUCAGACCAAUAUAAGCGAGCUGAAACGAACCUUCUUGGAAACCUCCACAGAAACGGCUGUGUCUAAUGAGUGGGAGAAGAGGCUUUCCACAUCUCCCGUUCGGCUUGCAGCAAGGCAGGAGGAAGCUCCUAUGAUUGAACCGCUAGUGCCUGAAGAGACCAAAGAAGAAAGAGAAAAAUCAGAAAAACUCAUAUUUUUGCAGAAGGGAGGUACUACAUUCCUUGAAAUGCAGCCAAGUGUGAUAGAGAAGAAGCUGCAGGAAGGAGAGUCUGCUGGCACUUUGGUUACUUCUCAUCAAAUCAUUAUCCAGAAAAGUAUCCCACCAUCCCUAGAGACUAAACAGUCCACUGGUGAAAAAACCUUGGAUGGCUCAGAUAUCUUCAGUUUAAUAGAGUCCGCCAGAAAACCAACAGAGUUCAUAGGAGGGGUUACUUCUACUUCACAUAGCUGGGCUCAGAGAAUAGACACAACGACAUCUCAGGAGACAGCUUCCAGUGAAAUGAAGCAAGCAGCUCAGCCACACCAGGAUGCAGUGACGAAGGUUGUACAGGAGACUGUGGUUAUCGAGGAGAGACGUGGGAUGAAUGUGCAUGCAAGUGGGGAUCCUGCUAAAGUGGCUGGACUUGUGCUGGAUGCCCAGGCUCAGGCAGCAUCUGCGGCAGCUGCUAGCGCAAAAGGAAAGGAGGGCUCUGCUGUGACUGAGGGGGCUAAAGAGGAAAAAAGGGAGGAGGCUGAUAAAGCUGUAACCAAACAGGAAGGCGUUGCUGCUGCUACUUCUCAUGAGCAAGUGGAGGAGCACAGUACAACAGUUCACGUUUCAGAUUCUUUGGAAAGAAAACCUCAUUUUGAGUCACCAGUUGUGAAGACUGAGACUAUCAGUUUCAGUAGUGUUUCUGCUGGGGGGGAAAAUCUUGAAAUUUCAACAAAGGAAGUGCCGGUAGUCCAUACAGAAACAAAAACCAUUACAUACGAGUCUUCACAGGUGGAUUGUGGUGCUGACUCAGAACCAGGUGUGCUGAUGAGUGCACAAACCAUCACGUCUGAAACCACCAGCACUACAACCACUACACAUAUCACCAAAACUGUGAAAGGAGGCAUCUCAGAGACAAGAAUUGAAAAACGAAUAGUCAUCACAGGAGAUGCAGAUAUUGAUCAUGAUCAGGCGCUGGCUCAGGCAAUUAAAGAAGCCAAAGAGCAGCACCCUGACAUGUCAGUGACCAAAGUAGUGGUACAUAAAGAGACAGAAAUCACACCAGAAGAUGGGGAGGAUUGACCACAGGAAUAAUCUAGAUUGCAUAUGAAUCCAGACAUACACACCUGUAGGAAUACGAGAGCCUAUAUGGAGUCUCAGUUCCAGCCUGACUGACUUGUAUCUGUCUAUGGAAAAUUUCAGUACAGAAGAAUUGAUCUUGACCGUUAAUAAAGAAACUGGCAGAGAUAUCUUCCCAUAGAAAGCAAUCUGAAUCAGCAGCAGUUAAACAAUAUUGCAUGAAGCAACGAUAAAAUUACAGAAAAGCAGCAUUUUUAAUUUUCUUAAAAUGUCUAAGUUUUCAGCUAUACCUGCACGUUCAUAAACAGUAUAAACAGUGAUCUCAUGUAACACAUAAACAGUUCAUGCCUUUCACAGUUUAUGAAAGUCUAAACAGAUUAAAAUUUGUUAGGUGGCAAGCCUUUUGUUUACGGAUAUUGUAAAUGAAGAUUACCCCCAAAAUGCUAGAAGCUGUAUAGGUACUGUGUAUAAUGUUUUACCACACAUUAGAUGUGCCAAUAACAGAGUUUAUUCAGUAAACAACUUGAAUCUUAUAUUUGUUUCAUCUGGUUUUAUUACUGCCCGAUAAACAAUGAUGAAUCUUUACUCUUAUCAAAAUAUUUAAAUGCUUACAAAGUGUGCUUUGUAUACCUGACUGAAUACCUUAUGUGGUAGUAAUGAUUUUAGCAUAUUAACUUUAACAAUUUUUGUCAGCGUUGUUCAGAGUCAGCUUCUGGUCACCCUUCACAGAUCCUAACCUUGUAAAUUAUAUGUAGUUAUUUUGGAGAAAAUCUGUAUUUUACUUAGUUUGCAGCUUUAGAAAAUUAUUAAUUUGAAAUAACCGUGAUGGUUUUCUAUUGAUUUCCCUUUUGUUCUCAGAGGAAAAAAAAAAAAUCUGUUUGAGAAUCUGGUCAGCAUUUACUAUCUAGUUCAGAGUCAAGCCUUAAACUGUACAGAACGUCCACUGAAAACUCGUUAGUGUUCAGCUAUAAUACCCACUGAAGGGAUAGAGUCCAUUACACUGUCAGCUGCAUCACAACACAUGGUGAAUGUAUGUUUCUGCAUAGUGAAAUAAAAGUGGUAAAUGCAUCCAAAAUUGUAUUGUUCUGUGUCUAAAAGAACCUAGUGUUUCUUAUAUUCAAAACAUUGUGUUACAUUUGUAAGGCACCACAGGUUUUACACAUCUGCACAGUAGACACGUUUUGUCUUCAGUGGUUUACACUGCACUGUGCAGACAGUUGGAGUUAGCAGGGGGUCUGAAGGUAUUCACCUUUGUGUAAGUUGUGUUUGCAAAGGAGAAGAAGUAUUUGGUUUCUUCUGUUUUCUGUAGUUGUGUACUGUUUUCACUGAGGCUAAAUGAAGGAUUUUGCGGUUGCUUAGAAAGUAAAGGUCAGUAGCCCUUCUCAUUUUGCAUUUUUGCUCUGAAACAUGGAUAAAAUUAUCUCUUUAAAGGAGUACUUCAUUUUCUGUUCUUUUUUCUUGCUCUUUUGCCAUAUCUCAUUGAUGCUCCCCUGGUAAUUAAAAAGAAAUUCAUAACAAGUAACUCACCCUUCAAUCUGUAUCUCCUUGCAGGGUUGAAAGAAAUGGAUACAAGCAGACUUUUCAGGACUUAAAGGGCCAAAUUUGCCCUUCAUUGUUUACACAGGGCUCCCUCUCAUUGAAGUCAAUGGGUUGGCUUCAGCAGAGAGCAAGACUUGACCCAGUGACUUGUUAAUAAAUGUUUAUUUUCUUAAUUUAGAAAGAAAAAUAGAAUAUAUAGAGAGAAUAACCUGUAGAUAAUAGUUUAAAGUAAUAUCCCAAGGCUUCAAAAGCUUUGCCCUAAGUCUCUAAAAUGUCUU